AUUAUUCCCUCCCCUUCCAAAGCGGAACUGUUUAUCUAAAGCCUCUCGAACCUCGGGGCGUCGAGGUUUACUGCUGGAACAAAAAUGGACCAAGUUCACCGAGGUUCUAGACGACCCCUAGUUGAAAGUUUAAAGUUCAUUUCAAGGACCAGCAGGACGGACAGCAGAACGUUCCUCCGUUUCUCUGCCGCUCAAGUCGGAUUCCUCUCUGUCGUCGUCUGUGUCUUGCGCUUCUCUCCAGUGUCGGCAGACGUUGCGCCGAAGACGGUAGUGGCGAACGAGAAUGAAACGGUCACCCUGCCCUGCCGAACCAAGCAAACCAGCGACCUCCUCACUGUGGAGUGGUCCAAGGCUAAGAUGACCCCCAACAUCACCCUCCUGUACCGCCAUGGCUUGGAGACCGUGGAGGAGAAGAACUCGGCCUUCCUCAAUAGGACCAGCCUCAUUCUGGAGGAAGUGAAGCUGGGCAACAUCUCUCAGGUCAUCUCCAAGCUGAGGCUGUCUGACGGGGGCCGAUAUCUGUGCAGGACCAUGGUGGGGAAGCAGCGGCAGGUUGAAGCAGUGCUGGACCUCAUUGUGGGUGCUGCGUCUGAGCCGAAGCUCGCCUUUGUUCGCUCUGGUGCCAACGGGGGAUUGACACUGGAGUGUAGCGCCGAACACUGGUUCCCAGAGCCGGAGAUUACGUUCUACGACGAGAAAGACAAUGGGAUUGAAGCCGAACACCCACGGACCGUUCCGGACUCAGCUGGAGGUUAUAAUGUUAAAAGGAGAGCGUCUUUGCAGAUCGUCACCAACAGAGUGACCUGCCGUGUUCACCAGCCGCUGUUGAAGAAGACAAGAUAUGCACAUAUUGAUAUCCCAGACGACUGCAUGAAAACCUGCACCGGCAGCAUGGUGUGGAGUGUCCUGGGACCCGCAUCUGUACUUGCAUUGUGUGCGGUCACUUAUUUUCUGUGGAAGAAAUGUAGAUGCUUUGAUUGCAGGCAGAAAUCAACUCAACCACCACAGCUGCCCAGUCCCAGUAAGGAAAAUGCCAUCAACACCCAGUUACAAGGAGAAAUCGAACGGCUAAAAGCAGAAAUCAAAGAGCUGAAGUCACACAUUUCUAAAAAAGAUGAGAUCAUCUCCACACAAAAAGCAGAACUAGAAGAACUUAGAUCCAAAUACAGUGCCGCUCGACAGCAAAACCAACCAACAUCUAACUCCUCAUCCUCACUUAAUGCCUCUCACCAAGUUACCCCAACCCUUGACCAUAGCAACACACCACCAGCUGCCACAUUGGCAAACCACAAUCCAAAAUCUGGCAACGUGUCCAAGGCGAAAGACCCCAAACCGGCUGGUUCAGGACAGGCCCAGCUCUCUGCUGCUCCUAAAAAGAACAGGCCCAAAAGCUCUCCUGGUGUUUUAACAAACAACAGUUCUACCUCUUCCAGUUCUUCCUCAGCUUCCACUUCGAAGGAAAACAAAAUUACCCGCGCUGGGAGUUUUUCCGGUUCUCGUCCUGGUGUUGUCAGGUCUCCCCGUAUGUACAUUAACCCCUUCAGCGUUCUGGACGGUCUGACUGAAGAGUCAGAGUCUCUGAUCCAUUAGCGUGGGAUACUGAGACAAAUUAUCAUAAUGCUUGGUGCAGAUAUAGCAUUAAAGCAUCUGAUGACUGGACACACAUAAAGGUCACCAUAUAAAAAAUGGGACAGGCCAGUUCUAAAAUGGCACUUCAAGGUUUUCUUUCUUUCUAAUUAGGGUUUUCUGAAGUUACUUAUCUAGUCGGGAUCUUCAAUUAUUUCAGAUACCAGAACAGACAUCAGGAACUCUUUUUAAAAAAACACAUCUGGUCAGUAUAGCUCUAAGAACAAAGUAGAAUUUGCCAACUUUUAAAACUCAUUGUUUUCUCCUCUUUGUUUGUCUUUUUACUUAUUUUUUUAUGACGAUGAAUCUCUUCCAUCAUGUUCAUGUUGGGUACUAUUCAUUUUUAAACUUCAGGUUGUCAAUAGAUACAUAUUUUUCUACCUUUUCUCAAACGUCUCCUGCCUUCAAAGUAGGAAAACAUCUCAGUCUUUGUCAAGUAAUAGAACUAGUUUUGCUCAGAAUCGAGUUAGAAGCAAAUAGUGUUUAUGUAAUUAUUACGAUGACAAAUGGGUACAAUUCUGGUAUUGGGAAAUAAAUGGUGCCAACCGUUUUGUGGUGCUGCAGUAACAGCUUUUAAAGAACAAGCUGAAUCUCAUGAGCUCAUCCUGUUUAUGGGGACAUUUUUGUCUUACUGAUAAAUAUAUAUAUUUUUAACACUGCUUGUCGUGGGCGCUUCAGAGUAUUUGUGAGUUUAAAUGUAGCUUUAAAUUUCAAACUUUAAGCUUUGAUUGCUUCGUGAGAAUUUUGGUUCGUUACAUCUGUUUACAGCUGAUUUUAAAAAAUGCAGUUAAAGAUGAACGAACUUUAUUUUGUAAGCUUUAACUAUGUAUUAUGACAGUGUUGGAAAUGAGAGUGUUAAAUAUUGUCUACGUAUCUGACGACACUUUAUCUUCAGACACCUUUAUUACUCUUAAAACGAGCAUAUUUUCUGUGAAUGUAACGUAAAUACUUUCUACUGUAAUUCACUACUUUUUGAGGCUCAAAGGUCCUAUUGAAUAAGAUCUUUGAUUUGAAAAUUCUUCAAGUAUUAAUAGAUUUUAUUGUGGUGUG